AUGUCGUCGCAGCGGAGGGCUGUCUAUGCAGCUCGCUUCCUCAGGCCUCCAAGCUGGACCAAGCGCCUGCUACUGCGGGAGAAGCCCCGGCUUUUGACAGGUCCCUACGAGAAUCCAGUGCGACGCUGGGUCAGACUCCGAGAGAAGGCGCGGCAGUUUGCAGAGCUUCCACCGCCUCGACGAAUUCCUGUGCCCAAGCCAUCCAGACGUCCGUUCUUGCAGGCAGUGGAAGGCGUCCCACGAGUGAGUCCAAAGGCACUGGAGCUACGUUUGGAAUUUCUUCUGUCGCAUGUUGCAGUACAGCAGCAACUGGCCGCUCCUUUGGGACCUGGGCCCAGGAUGAUCCCAUACUUCGUUGAGUUUGAAUGCUGGAACAGGCAGCUUCGAGAGAUUCGUCGCAUCUAUCGAGCUCAGUAUUUGCAAAAGCUUGCCGAGGCACAACGAGAUUCGUCCAACCUGCUAUGA